AUGACGAAUUCCACAAACAUAGAUAUUAUCGGGAGUGUUAUGGAUGGUGUGGACAGUGGAAGUCUGGAAGUAAAGAAAUUCCCUAUAGAAUACAGGGUGUAUCCAAUACGAUGGCUGGUUCUCUUCAUAUUCGUUUUGUACUCUGCCAGUAACUCUAUGCAAUGGAUUCAGUACACCAUCAUACAAGACACGGUAGUAAAGUACUAUGGGGUGCCAGAAAUCGCAGUCUACUGGACUUCUAUGAUCUACAUGCUCGCUUAUAUCCCUUUAAUCUUUCCUGCUAGUUAUCUUCUAGAUAGAACGAAUCUUCGAGUAACAAUACUAAUAGGUUCGUUUGGAAACUGCGUGGGCGCCUGGGUGAAAGUCAUCUCAGUUCGCCAGGAUUUGUUCUGGCUUAGCUUUCUGGGGCAAACUGUGUGCGCAUUUGCUCAAGCCUUUGUUCUAAGCAUACCGUCACGAUUGGCUGCUGUCUGGUUUGGUGCUGGUCAGGUUUCUUCUGCUUGCAGCAUAGGGGUGUUUGGUAAUCAGCUAGGUACCGCUGUGGGAUUCCUGAUAACCCCAAUGAUAGUCCGCGCACAAGGUUCUAUGGAGCAAAUAGGAGAAGAUUUCAAAUUUCUCUUCUACCUUGUCGCUGGCUUCACUACUUUACUGUUUGUGCUCAUUAUCUUAUUCUUUAAAGCAGCACCAGCCACACCACCUUCAGCAGCAGCAGACCAGGAAUUAGCAAUUGACUCAAACUUCCUCAAAUCUUUGAAGAAUUUACUGACGAAUCGAAACUACUUGCUGUUACUAAUCUCUUAUGGCAUAAAUGUUGGUGUGUUCUAUGCUAUUUCGACGCUACUGAAUGAAUUGGUAUUGAGGUAUUACGUGGGAGCAAAUGAAGACGCAGGUAGAAUAGGCGUCGUGAUUGUGGUAGCAGGAAUGGUUGGGUCUGUUGUUUGUGGGGUCAUCAUUGACAAGACUCACUGGUUUAAGGAGACCGCACUUGCCGUAUAUGCUGCGUCAACCAUCGGAAUGGUCAUUUUUACCUUUACUUUGAACUGUGGAUACAUCAGUGUUGUGUACUCCAGUGGCAUUUUGCUUGGAUUCUUCAUGACAGGAUACUUACCGGUCGGAUUCGAAUUUGCUUCAGAAGUCACUUACCCUGAACCCGAGGGAACAACGUCCGGUCUACUUAAUGCUGGUGUUCAGGUCUUUGGUAUCGUUUUAACCCUGCUCUUCCAAUGGAUGCUAGGCACAGUUGGGGACCGAUGGGCGAAUGUGACCAUGUGUGCUAUUCUCGUUCUUGGUACUGUCCUUACAGCUGUCAUACAGUCAGACUUACGACGUCAAGCUGCAGAAAAGAAAGAGCCGAAAUAG